AUGUUCAGUUUCCACAAACCAAAAAUCUAUCGAAGUUUAAGUGGCUGCUGUAUCUGCAGAGCCAAGUCAUCCAGCUCACGAUUUACAGACAGCAUCAAAUACCAGGAUCAGUUUGAAAAUUGUUUCCGAAUUACUGAUUCUCGGGAAGGAGAAAUAUGUAAUGCUUGUGUUUUAUUGGUUAAAAGAUGGAAAAAAUUACCCGAAGGAACCAAUCGUCAUUGGCAUCAUGUGGUUGAUGCCAGAGCAGGACCAGGAACCAAAUCAGCACAUAAAAUGAAGAACAAAGAAAAGAGUCCAAUGAAGUUUAAGAAACAUAAGAAAAAAAUAAAGAAAGAAAGCCAGUAUUUAAACAUUCCUAGCCCCACCUUAUCAGAUGCAUCAGGUAAGAGAACAAGCUCUUAUGAAGAAAGACAAGAACAACGUGAAGUUUCUCCCCGACCUAGAAAAAGAUCUGGAUCUCAAUAUGUUAGCUCCUUCUUAGAUCUCACCUACUGGAAGAAAACCCAAGUUUGCUGUGGAACAAUAUUUAAAGGGUUAAAUGGUGAGGUAUUAGUAGACCCUAAAUUACUACGUCCCUGUUUAUCA